UUCCUAUCAAUUUCCAUCAUCACUCUCGCCCUACCCUACCCCACCCUAACACACCACAACCACAACCACAACCACAACCACAACCACCCUCCACAUCCACAUGACCACCCUCCUCCCCCACUACCCCCAGCACAACCCAACCCACCACCUUCCACCUCGGCACCGGGACCACCCUAUUCAGUACCCUCCUUCCCAAACUCCUCACCACAAAGCACUCCCUCAUCCUCGUAACAUGUUUCUGGUCCCCCUCCAGCACGCAACAAUCCAUCCGGAAGCUGCUCCUCCAUCUCUCCUCCCAAGCAAUCUCCUCCCAUAAAACCAUCCACAUCCGAAUUUGUUUUCUUCUUUUCUCCUCUUCAAAAGUUACUCCAUAUCCCCUCGGAGAAUGGAUAUACAUAUCCCUCUUCGCGAUAUGCUUCGCUUGGAUUACCAGAGAUAGAGGAGAUCCCCGGGUUGGAUUUGAGGGUUAAGUCGAUAUUUUUGAGACCGUGUCAUGUUUUGCAUGGGAAGUAUAUUAUUCAGGAUUCGGAACGGGUGUGGUUUCCGAGUUGUAAUGUUAGUUGGGAGGCGUGGGGAGAGGGAUGUGUAGGGUUUGAAGGGGGAGGAUUAGUGGAGGAUUUGAGGGGUUAUUGGAGUAGGGUUUGGGAUGGGGAUGGACGGAUGGAAGUUCCUGAAUCUGUGGAGAUCUCAGCUGAGAUUUUACGGAGAAGUGAGGAAGUUCCUGUCGAGUUGGGAUAUUCGAAUUCGUCAUUAUUAGCUUCCAUCGACCUGUCACAUCUCCCAGCAAACAUCGAAACGCUUCUUCUCCCACAUACCCACUCACCCUAUAACCCCUUUUCCAUUUUCUUCACCCCAAAUGCAAAAACACCUUCCACACCACUCAACACAUUCCUCCUGUCACAAAUCUCAACCGCCAAAUCAUCAAUCAACAUCUACACCCCAAACAUCACCUACACCCCCCUCAUCAACGCACUAUUCGAAGCCCUAACCCGCGGCAUCGACAUCCGCAUCGUAGUAUCGAGAAAAUUAAUGAUCCUAGAACAAAUAGUAACAGCAGGCACACUAACAGAAUGGGAAAUCUACAAAAUGGAACGACGAUACCGCAAACUCGUCGCACGAUCAUCGCACCGAACAGACGAUUUGGAAGCGGGUAUUAAUACCCGCAUAGGAAAUUUAGAAAUCGUUUAUUUUAAUCCGGCGCUGGUCAAUGUAAAUGAGAGGGAUAGGGAUAAUCGAACUACGACGAGGAAUGAGGAAGCAAUGCCGAGCCGUAUUGAGGAUAUGGAGAUGGAAAGUCGCCCGGUGAAACUUCAUCUUAAGAUGACGGUGAUUGAUAGCAAGAUUACGGUUCUUGGGAGUGGUAAUAUGGAUCGUGCGAGUUGGGUUACGAGUCAGGAGGUGGGAAUUGCGAUUUUUUCGGAAGAGGUGGCUAGGAGGUUAAUUGCGGUUGUGAGAGAUGUUUAUGGUUGAGACGAUAAAUAUACUAUUUGGAUAAUGGUGUUUGUGAAUCCGCAGAAGAGCGCAUCGGGAAUUGAGGGACAAGUAUUGGGAAACACGGGGAUAUAUAUCGAUAGAAACAAGAAUGAAUAAUCAAUAAACGGGAAAAAUGUAUAUUUCCCCUCCUUCAUUCUUUCAUCUAAACAUAACCUUAACUAUCCGUUCAUUCAUAUGCUAUCACCACACUAAAAUGUUCUUCCAUAACGCCUUCAUAUGCACCAUGACAUAGCAUGGCAUGUUUCUCCCAUACCAGAAACUAAAACUUAAUAUUCUUCCACUGCAC